GGUCUGUGCGCGUCGGCGGCCGCCGCGCUCGGUCCGCGCCGGGACGCGCUCGGUGCGGCCGCGGUUUCUGUGAAAUCCUCUUCUUGCUGUGCCCACAUCUCUUCCUCUGGAGCAUCACCAGCGUGUGGAGCCUGCCCCACACACCCCUCCCCUGCCAAACCACGGCCUUUACCUGCGUGUUCCGGUGUUUCCCGUGCGACCCGUCCUGCGGGAGCGCCUCCUGGGCCACCCCCGACUUCAGCCAGCGCUCAGUGGCUCCAAUGGUGAAGAUGACAAGGUCCAAGACUUUCCAGGCAUAUCUGCCUUCGUGCCACAGGACCUACAGCUGCAUUCACUGCAGGGCUCACCUGGCCAACCACGAUGAGCUCAUUUCCAAGUCCUUCCAGGGCAGCCAAGGACGAGCGUACCUCUUCAACUCCGUAGUUAACGUGGGCUGUGGCCCUGCAGAGGAGCGGGUGUUGUUAACAGGACUGCACGCCGUGGCAGAUAUUUACUGUGAAAACUGCAAAACCACGCUGGGCUGGAAAUAUGAACACGCUUUUGAAAGCAGCCAGAAGUAUAAAGAAGGCAAAUACAUCAUUGAACUAGCUCACAUGAUCAAGGAUAAUGGCUGGGAUUGAGUGCAGAGCCCAGCCCAGCAGCGUGUCCAGAUGCCAUCAACCGAACAUUUAUCCAAGAGUGAGAGAGUGACUGAACGCUUGGUUCCAUGCAUUUAGAGGCUCUGCAACCCGGGAGCAUCUUCACACCCUUCUCCAUCUUUAUUGGUGACUGGCCUCUAAAUUUCUGUCUCUCUGUCUCUUUGCUUUGUCUCUGUUUGUGAGUUGACCCUGGCUGCUUCUCUCUCUGUUCUGGCGUUGGCUCAGAGAACGCACCGAGCGCCCAACAGCCAUUCCAUGUGCCCAGUGCUCGAUCCAGCCUGACCUGGGCUCUGCUGGCACCUCCCAGGUGCUCCAGGCUUGGGCAGGAGAAGGUGGGAGAGGGGUGGGGGAGUGGGGGAACCACCACAAAGUGAUGCUGUGCUUCUCCUUUCAGUCCUGGUUAAGCGAGGCUUGAAACCAUCUCCUUGUCUGAGUGGACAGAGAAAUAACCUGCUUGUCUGAGAAGGACACAGAAAUCAUGUGCUUGGCUAAAUGGAUAGAGAAAUAUCUACUUGUUUGAAUGGAUAGAGAAAUAUCUACUUGUCUGAAAAGGCCAGGGAAAUAUCUCCUUGUGUAAAAGGACAGAAGUUACCUCACAGCUGUGUUUUCUCUCCAAAUCCCCGAUCCAGAACCUGUUCCCCCCACAAUCUGUGUUCUGUUUGCUAUUUUUGAGCUCCUUGUUUGAGGGGGCAGGACCUGGAGGCUGCAGAGAUUCCCUGCCUCUCCUUUUUCUUGCUGGUUCAGGGUGGGGAGGCUGAACAUCCCAACAGAGCACAGCCACGUGGAGCUGGAGAAACCAAAUCCUGACUCUUGAGCCCUUCAGAGAGGAGCAGAAAAUCACUUCAGGCACAAGGAGGCUGCAGCUGCAGCCCAGGAAAUGUGGAGGGGUGAGAAAAAGGCAAAAAGGCAAAAAGGCACGUGUGAGGCAGGGAGAGGAAAUUCCCUAGAGGAGGAGGAUGGGGACAAACAGUGCCAGAGGGCACCCCUGGAUUUCCUGGCCUCCCCUGAGCACCCUGGGCGGUGUUUUUACCAAUCUUUGACAAGUGCAAGCAGGAAAGUUCUGUUCCAGAAGCUUUUCCUUGAGUGCCAGGCUCCAGUGGGGGAGGCUGGCACAGAGCUGGGGUGAGGAGGGAGCUGAGAUCUGGUGGUUGUGUUGCACAGGUGAAUAUUUCAAGCCCUGAGGUUUCCCCCCCUUUUCCCACUCCCAGAAGCACAGGGAGAAUGAGAAAGAAAAAAAAAGAAAUUCAACAUCUUCCCACCACCCCUGGAAUGAUCCAUGCCUUGAGGGGUCGAUGUGGGUGUCAGAAGGGACAAGGAUCCUUCCCAUUUGAAUUGUUCCAUGGGAAUUCCUGAGCACCUUCCCGAGGUGGAUGUGGGGAGGGGAAUUGUGUUACUCCAAAAUCCCACUGAGGAGUUUGCUCUGCAGCACCCAGCCAGUGGCUGGUGCAGAACCCAGGACUGUUGAGCUGAGUUCGUUUUCUCUCUCCCCAAGUGAAUUUUUCUUUUUGUUGGCAGAAUUCUUUCAAGUAGGUUAAUCCAUGGGGGGAAAUCUUUCUUAAUCCAGAAGGAAAGAGUGUUGUGCAGGGGUGGUGGCUCCUUAUGAAACAGAAGCUCUGGAGCUGUCAGCUGUUGUCACUGAGAUUUUAGGGGGCUGUGGAGGAAUCAUUUGUUGUUAAAUUGGCAGGGAAUGUGAAUAGAGACUCUCCUUAAGGAUCAGGGUGAAUUCAGUGUUGGAUCCUUGUGCUGAAACCCAAACCUGAUGAAGCAAAGUUGGGUUUUUUAUUGUCUCUCAAAGCUCUGUUCUUGACAGCCUUGGAGAAAUGAGGUGGAGCUGGCCAGGUCCUGCAGGGGAUGGAGUUUGUGACCAGCCUGUCCAGAGGUGGCUCCUGCCCUCACCCUCCUGCUCUGGCUGUGUAACAAUUGCUUCAGCUUUUGUUUUGGAUUGUCUCUGCUUCCAUCAGCCACAUUCCCUCUGGUGACAAAUCCAGGAAAAAUCAAAAAUUCCACAGCACCUGCUGUCUUGUGGAUUCUGGCACUGACCUGUCCUUUAUUGAGGAUCCAUGGCAAUUUAUUGGGUUUUGACUAGUGGGAAGUAAUUCCUGUUCUUCAGAGAGCUCUUCAGUCUCCACAGAGCCUUUAAAGGAGCUGGGAGAGGUGAGGGCUGAUCCCAGAUCCUGUGAGGUUGAGAAGAGCACACAGGGCUCAGGGUUUGAUGUUGGGAUUUGCAGUGACUGCUGAUCUCAAAGUGAUACAAAAGGCAGGGCUGUGCAGAGAACUGCUCUGAGAAACACCAGAGACUGCUGCCAGGUGGAAAUGUUUUUAUCCAUUCAUUUGGGACAACAAAGGACAAUGCCCCAUCAGACCUGGCUGGUUUUUACUGGCCACAAGUGUUGGGCUUUUAAUGGCAACCAGUCCAAGCUUGAGUCUUAAUGUGCUUGUAACUGGUUUUGUCCCUUCAGCCUCUUGCUGAGAGCCUGGCCUUGAGCCCUGGUGGGAAUUCAAUGUGUGGCUGUGCCUGUCCCUGCACCCAGAACAUCCCUGUGAUGUCCUCAGAGCAUCCCUGGGCAGUGGCUGUGAUGUCCUGCACAGGAGGAUGAGGAGGGGUGGCCUUGUGCAGCUCCUGUGUGUGUCCACUGAACAGCAGGAAUUCAUUUCUUGGGCUGCUGGCUGGAAUUUGGGAUCUGUGCUGGUGGGGGAGCCACAGUGACACACUCAGAGAUAACCAAAGAACUUCCCUGCUGAGCUGAGCUGAGCCAGCUGGGGCCUCUUCCCAGGAGAGAUGGAGAUGUGCCCAUGGCAGCUGCUCCCUGAGCUGUGGUGCUGCUCUCCAGGGCAGCAUCCUCAGGAAAACACAGCAGUGAGUCUUCCUCCUUCUCUUGGUGUCUGGGCAGCUGUGAGCAGCCUUGAGUUUACAUCCCCCCUCCACCCCAAAGCUCAGACUUGAGUAAGUUUGAAAUUGUUGUUGCUUUGGUGGAUUGUCUUGGUGUGAAAUCCUGACCCCUGUAAGAAAUAUUCAGAUGAUAAUAUAUACAAAGCAGAAAAAAUAACCCCCCCAGACGUUAUCUUGUGAAAUAUUCUUUUGUAAAUAAUAUUUAAUUUUUUUAAAAGAAAUAAUAUAUUUGGUGCUGUUUUCUCAGAGCCCCUCCCUGAGAGCACUUUUUUUUCUUUUUUUUUUUUUUUUGUUGUUGUUGUUUAUGAUGAUCCUGUUUCCUUCUGUUAUUUGUUGGAAAAUAUGUUUAAAGGGAAACAAAAAUCCUAAUUGACAUUGUCCUGUGAGGUGGAUCCGUGCUUGCUGUGGGUGUGGCAGGAGAGGGCACUCCCAGCUGGGGAUGUUUGGGCUGCAGGCACUCCCAGGGCUCCAGGUCCAGGCUGGGAUUUCCUCUUGCACCAGAAUUGGCUGGAGUAGAUCUGGAGCUGCAGGAAUUGGGGUUGGGCAGCAGCUGCAGCCUCACAUUUAUUGUUGCAGCAGGGAUGGAGGAUGGAGCUUUUAACUCCAUGUUGAUUUUAACCUAAACCAUAAAUCUUUGGAUCCUGAUUUUAUUUCUGAGGGGAGGUUUUUUUUGUUGUUGUUUUAUUUUUUUCAACCAGGCUGCUACAUAACAAAUCAGAGUAAAAGUUUACCUCUCGUGGCAGUAAAGUUCAUUUCUUUUGUUCUCCUUUCUGUCUUUGAUCUCCCCCCUUCUCACUCUCCUUCGUUUUUAUUUCAUUUGGUCUCUUGUUUAUCCCAAAGUGGACCAACAGCACAAACCACUGGACUGUGUUUUGCUGAGCAAGGAGCUGUUCAAGAACUGUUUCAUUCUCUGGGUUUGGUGCACAACUUCAAACCACACAGGAAAAAAAAAACAAAAACCAAACCCUGUGAAACAAACCCUGUUGUUCUCGUGAUGAUCAAGUGAGAAUUUUCCCUGUGUGCAUUUUUCUGCCUGCUCUGUCAGAGGGUGUGAAUCAUGCAUUUCACUGCACCCCUGCUCUGGGGAUGAAGAGGGGACACCACACACCAAGCUCAGCUCAGUGCUCAGAAACAAUCAGGUUAGACAGAUUUUCUGCAGAAAUCCUGGUGAAAAAGAACGAGCAGAAGAGGGGAAACAAAAUCAUCUUGAAUUCAGAAAAAAAAAAUUAAAAAAUUAAAAAAUCAACAUAUUUAAAUGCAAGCAGAAUGGCAUUGUGUAAGGUACAACCACAAAUAAGCUGUUCUCAUUGUUCCAACUGUGUGUAUCCUUUGUUUUGUUCUUCCUAAGGAAAUGGGAAUGCUUUCCCCACUGACAAAACUAAGGACAAUAUUUCCAAUACCAGCCUGUCUAUGGAUGCUCUUGUGUUUACAAAUUGUGUACACUUUUAUUUCUUUGAUCUUAUUUUAAUUUUUUUUUUCAGGUCAUUUGCUUCAGUCAUAAAUGCAAUUGUUUGUUUUCAAAUAAUUGGUUUUCACCUUUUCAUGUAUUUGUACAUGUAAAUAGUUCUUCAGUAUUAGAGGGAGGCGUAUUGUUUGUCAUAUUUACAAUAUGUGUUGGUGCUCAUUUGAGAAAAUAAAAUUUUCAAGUACUAAA